AAAGAGACAGACCAUGGCUCCAAUUAAAGACCAAAAAGAGCGAGGGAGGAAUGGCACGCACGAAUCCGGAGCUGCUCGAGUCGCCCGGCGACCCAAUGAUGGCGGCGACGCAGGCCCUGCUCCCCGUCCCCGCACCAUCCCAGCUCCUAAAAAGGGAAGCCGCCGCCGCCGUGCUCUCCUAUCCCUUCUUGUUUUCAUCGUCCGGAUCGUCGUCGGAAAUCAACAUGCUGUUGUUGCUCUCCAGUCUCUGCUAUUGCAUUGUCCUCGCCGGCUCUGCGUCGCCGCCGCCGCUCCCUGUGACGGCUCUGCUUUCCCUGCGCUCCUCCCUCGUUGAUCCCUCCUCCAACCUUCGAAAAUGGGCGGCGGCCUAUGGUAACCUGACGGACGACCCGCGGCCGUGGUGUUCUUGGUCGGCUGUCACGUGCGACGACGCUACUGGUGCGGUCACUGCCCUCGACCUCUCCCGGAAGAAUCUCUCCGGCGCCAUCGCGCCCGAGCUCCGCCUGCUCCGUUCUUCGCUCGAACACCUCAACCUCAGUGGGAAUGCCUUCACCGGCCCGCUCCCGGACUUUCUGUUCGACCUCACUCGCCUCCGCAGCCUCGACAUCAGCCGCAACGACUUCAACUCCACUUUCCCGCCGGGCGUCGCCAGGCUCCGCUGUCUCACCGUCCUUGACGCCUACAGCAACAGCUUCGCUGGCCCGGUGCCCCCGGGCCUGACGAGGCUCCGACGAUUGGAGCACCUCAAUCUCGGCGGGAGCUUCUUCGAGGGCCGCAUUCCUCCGGGUCUCGGCAGCUUGCCGCGGCUGCGGUUUCUUCACCUCGCAGGAAAUCUCCUCGGUGGCCGGCUGCCGAGCGAGCUCGGCUGCUUGACGCUGCUCGACCACAUGGAGAUUGGGUAUAACUCCUACACAGGCCGCGUUCCGCCGGAGUUCGGAAGGUUGGCUAGUCUUACUUACCUCGACAUCUCGUCGGCGAACAUCACCGGCGUUCUGCCGUGGGAGCUCGGCAACCUUACUCGGCUCGAGUCCGUUUUCCUCUUCAAGAACAGGAUUUCCGGCGGAAUUCCAACGAGUUUUUCCAAUAUAAGAGCUCUCAAAGUUCUUGAUCUCUCCGAUAAUCUCCUCCACGGCCGAAUUCCUACUGGCUUCUCCGCUUUACUGAACCUCACUCAACUCAGCCUCAUGAGCAACGAGCUCUCCGGUGAGAUCCCUUCCGGAAUCGGAGUUCUGCCCAAUCUAGAAGUGCUCAACCUCUGGAACAACUCACUCACCGGGAAGCUUCCGCCGGAACUUGGCGCCGGUGGUAGGUUGCAGAAGCUCGACGUGUCCUCCAAUUCUCUCACCGGUCCGAUCCCACGGACUCUCUGCCUCGGGAACAGACUCAAUCGCCUCAUCCUCUUCUCCAACUCGUUCGACUCGGAAAUUCCGCCGGAGCUCGCGAAUUGCUCCUCGCUGUGGCGCGUCCGCGUCGAGAAGAAUCGCCUGGUCGGGUCCAUUCCGGCGGGCUUCGGCUCGUUGCCUAACCUGACUUAUAUGGACCUAAGUAGCAACGGCCUCUCCGGCGGCGUACCAGAGGACCUCGGGCACGCCCCGAGGUUGGAAUUCUUGAACGUCUCGAAGAAUCCUCUCCUGGCGCCACUGCCGGAGAGCAUUUGGCAAGCGCCGAGUAUUCAAAUCUUCGCCGCCAGCAGCUGCGGUUUGAUCGGGGAGAUUCCGAGCUUCGAUUCUGGCUGCAGGAAUAUCUACAAGAUCGAAUUAGAGAAUAAUGAGCUUAAAGGGAGCAUCCCCACCACCAUCGGCCGCUGCCAGAGGUUGCUAAAUCUGAAGCUAGACCGUAACAGAAUCACAGGGAGCAUCCCGCCGGAGCUAGCGGAGCUCCCUUCGAUUGCCGAGAUUGAUCUCUCCUGGAACGAGCUCAACAGCACCAUUCCACCCGAGUUCGACAACUGCAGCACCAUGGAAAACUUCAACGUCUCCUUCAACCGCCUCACUGGCCCGGUCCCUUCCGCGAACAAUGUUCUCAAGAACUUUCACUCCUCAGCGUUUGCCGGCAACGCCGGCCUCUGCGGUGCGUUGGUGGGGAGGCCUUGCGAGAUCCCAGGGGGCGCCGCGGCAGCCGCUGCCGCGGACACGCAGCAAACCGCUCGGGGCUCUGCCGGAGCAGCAAUUGUGUGGAUUGCCGCCGCGGCAGUUGCGGCUGGACUGGUGGUUCUGAUACUGGGAACUCGGUGGACGCAACAAAAAGAAGAGGUGGAGGAGGAGGAGCUGGGUGGACCUGCGCAGUGGCGAAUGACCGCAUUCCAGCGCCUAAACUUCACGGCGGAGGACGUUGAAAGAUGCGUGUCGUCGAGCGACCAGAUCAUCGGGAUGGGAUCGACGGGGAUCGUGUACCGCGCAAAGAUGCCGGACGGCGAGACCAUAGCGGUGAAGAAACUGUGGAGCCCACAAAAGGAGGGCGUCGGGCGGCAGAAGAGGAGGAAAGGAGGCACGGUCGCGGAGGUGGAGGUGCUGGGAUCGGUGAGGCACCGCAACAUCGUCCGGCUGUUGGGCUGCUGCGCCAACGGCGAGACGACUCUGCUCCUCUACGAGUACAUGCCCAACGGGAGCCUUGAGGAUCUGCUGCGCAGCCGUAGCGGCUCAGAAAAGGGAGGUAGCUGCCGGCUGAGCAUGGAUUGGGCGAUGCGGCACCAGAUCGCGGUGGGGAUCGCGCAGGGGAUCUGCUACCUCCACCACGAUUGCGACCCAGUGAUCGUGCACCGCGAUUUGAAGCCGAGCAACAUUUUGUUGGACGCGCAGAUGGAGGCUCGGGUGGCGGACUUCGGCGUGGCCAAGCUCAUCCGGACGGCCAACCAGUCCAUGUCGGUCAUCGCCGGCUCCUGCGGCUACAUUGCUCCCGAGUACGCGUACACGCUGCAGGUCGACGAGAAGAGCGACAUCUACAGCUACGGCGUGGUGCUGAUGGAGAUGGUGAGCGGGAGGAGGUCGGUGGAGGCGGAGUUCGGGGAGGGGAACAGCAUCGUGGAGUGGGUGCGGACGAGGAUGGCGAAGGCGGAGGAAGGCGGGGCGUGGGAGGUGCUGGACCAGGCGGCGGCGGCCGGGUGCAAGCAGGUGAGCGAGGAGAUGAUGCUGGUCUUGCGCAUAGCCUUGCUCUGCACGAGCAAGAACCCCAAGGACCGGCCGUCGAUGAGGGACGUGCUGUCCAUGCUGAGAGAGGCGAUGCCCGACAGGAAGGUCAAGGAGGCGAGUAGAGGUGUCAGACGGGCCAACCCAUGGCGGGGCGGGCCAGCCCAUGGCGGGUCAGUCAUAUGGCGGAGCGGGCCGGGCCGGGUCUCUAUUCCAACGGAUUGAAAAAUUCUCAACCCAACCCAAAUUAAGGCGGGUUGCGGGUUAGGCGGGCCAACCCACGGGCCACAUACUCAUUUAAAAAAUAAAAAAUAUUUUGUAAAAAAUUAUGUGCUUGAAUCAA